AUUUUCUGGUCUCAUUUUCAUAUAAUAUACAAACAACUCAUUAAAUUUUAACAUAAGUUAUAACUUCCAUCUCAUCAAUAAGAGAUUGAUCUCAGAAAAAUUUCAAGUUUUAUACUUUUAGGUUGUUUUUCUGGAUUAAAUUUUGCUUGAACAAAAGGCGAAAUAUGGGUUUGACGGUGUCACGGAUAAUGAGAUUAUUCUAUGCAAAGAAAGAAAUGAGGAUUUUGAUGGUGGGUCUUGAUGCAGCUGGAAAAACAACAAUACUCUACAAACUGAAGCUUGGAGAAAUUGUCACUACCAUACCAACUAUAGGCUUCAAUGUAGAGACUGUUGAGUAUAAAAAUGUCAGCUUCACUGUCUGGGAUGUAGGAGGACAAGAUAAGAUUCGGCCGUUAUGGAGGCACUACUUUCAGAAUACACAAGGUCUUAUCUUUGUUGUAGAUAGUAAUGAUAGAGAAAGAAUUUUAGAAACAAGAGAUGAGCUCCAUAGAAUGCUGAGUGAGGAUGAACUUCGCGAUGCCACUUUACUUGUAUUCGCCAAUAAACAAGACCUUCCGAAUGCUUUGAGUGUUGCAGAAAUUACUGAUAAACUUGGUUUACAUUCACUCCGUCAGCGCCGUUGGUACAUCCAGUCAACUUGUGCCACGUCAGGCCAAGGACUCUAUGAAGGGCUUGAUUGGUUAUCAAGUAACAUAUCUAACAAGAUAAGAUGAAUCAAGUUAUCAUAUGAAUAUGGAGAAUUGGCUGCACAUUCUAUAGUUUUUACGACAUAUCGUUUGGUUAUAUACAUUGGCAUAAACUUGAGUGUUACCUUUGGUUAAUCUGAACUAUGAGCCAACUGUAAUAUCAAUCACUCUGCACUUUCUAAAAGUUCCCAGCAUGUAAAAGUUACACUCCUGAGGAGUAUGAUAUUUAUCAACCACUAUGUAUGCUUUCUAAA